AAACAAUCAUCAGUUUAUCAAAUCUAGAAAAACCUAUUCCCACCAGAAACCCAACCACCUACCCCCACCUACCCCACCAACACCUUCACAAUGCGUUUCUCUAUUCUCGCCCUUGCAACUGUCAUCGGCCUAGCGAUUGCCUCACCCAUCGAAGCCAACAAAGAAGCGUCGGUUGUUUCGCGGUCCAAUAAUUGCUUCACUCUCUGCAAGAUUGAUGGUGGAAGUGAUCAGGGAUGUCUGGAGAAGUGUAAGAACAGCUAGAGCAUCACAAUGUCACAGAGAAGAGAGGACAAUACAACGUUGACAGCCAAAACGGCCCCGGGGUCCACGGGUCUCAGCCUGAUUAUGUAUUGACCAAUCGAGCUUUCUCUAUGGGCAUGUAUAUGGCCAAAGGACUAUGAUUGGUUGUGUCAUUUUAUGUUCGUUGGUUAUUUGACCGGCGCCAAGUCGUUUGCUGUACCUAGCGGUCAAGUGAUAAGCGUCACACCUAUAGUCUAGGUAGUUUGACAUGCUCCAUAUUCAACACAUCUUUCUUAUUUUUCCCUUACCUAAAAGCUUCCAGCUUACAUGAAUAGUUGCCUACUCGAUUAAGGAGGUCAUCAGCCCUGGUGGCGAAGCUAUACUCCGUAAGGAAAAUCUGGGGUUGCAUGCAUUUGUGGGGGCCGGAUAGAAACGGG